GGAUUGCUAUUAUAUUUCCCAGAAACCAAAAUUCAUCAAAGAGAGAAAAGCUGACCCAAAAGAAUACAAGUUGCUUGUAUCUGAAACAACGGAUUUUGAAAAAAGCUUAACGUUACCUCUUGAAGCAACCAAUCCCAUUGCUACAAUUACCACUCUCUAAGCAACAAAAUUCCACACCUCACACACACAGUGAACAAAGCAAAAGGAAGCACAGAGAUCAUUGCCCUGCGCUUCAAUGGAGAAACAGGUCGUGGAAAACCUAUGGCAGGGUGAGAGAGAGGCUCAGAUUCAAGCAGCAAUGGAGCUCACUAGAUUAAGCAACAAGCAGAGACACAAGUUAGCAGAAAAUGGAAUAAUGGUGCCUCUGAUUUCCAUGCUUCAUUCUCAAGACCACGAAGCCAUUGAAGCUUCUCUCUGUGCUCUGCUCUGUCUCGCCUUUGGCAGUGAACGGAACAAGAUUCGGAUUGUCAAGUGUGGAGCUUUACCAGUGUUGCUGAAUCUCCUGCAAUGCCAGAGCCAACCACUCGUAGAAUUAACAAUAGCCGCGAUGCUAACUCUCUCUUCUUGCAAAUCAAAUAAGCUAGCUAUAGCUUCAUCCGGGGCUAUCCAAUUACUAGUACAGAUUCUGAAUGGCCAUUAUGAAAAUUGCACAAACACUCAAUCCCAGCUUGACGCCAUAGCCACACUCCAUAACCUCUCAACCUGUCAAGAGAUAACACCACUGCUAGUCUCUUCAGGUAUAACAAUGUCCUUACUUGAACUGAUUCACAACUCAGGAAAAUCAAGUGAGAAGGUUGAGAAAGCAAUCGGGUUGCUGGAAAACAUUGUGUACUCAUCAGAGAGAGCACUGAACGAGACUUCUAGCAUAGGAGGGGCGAUCAGGAUAGUGGUUGAGACUAUUGAGGAAGGGUCCAUGAUAGGGAAAGAGCAUGCAGUGGGAAUACUGCUUCUGAUAUGUAAAAGUUGCAGGGAGAAAUACAGAGGAAUGAUACUGAGAGAGGGAGUGAUGCCUGGGCUGCUUCAGUUAAGCGUGGAUGGGACUCAGAGAGCUAAAGGGAUGGCUCGAGAAUUGUUGUUGCUUCUGAGGGAUUGCUCCAAUUAUGGUUCAACGAGUGGGAAGAAGAUGAAUCAUGUGAUCAUAGAACGGAUAAUGCAGGAGAUUGAUGAGGAAGGUGAGGAAUUGGUUGGGAGUACUCUGAGAUUGGUAGAGGAGAUGAUUGCCAAGCUUCAUACAUGACGUUGACGUAUGCGAAGCUUCUUCGUAUCGUUAGGCUAUCGUGAUUUUGACAGUUUGUGUGUACAUAAGAUUGGUUAGGUCAUCUUCUGGUUCUGGUAUGAUUCAGAUUAGAUAUUGGUGAUGUGGAUUGAUUUGGUGCGCUCAACUUUUAAAACAAUUGAUACUGAUCUCCAAACCCGACUUAUGAUAUUCUGAGGCUGAGGUGUCUGUGGAGUCCAAAUGUGAGAUCAACAAAUGACCAAUAAGCGCCCGAUGACGUAGCCUUCUUCCUUCAAGAGGAGCUAACAUAAGCCUUUUCUUGAUAAUGUAAGAAAGGAGAAAACGAACGUUCAACUUCAAGUUAUUAUAUUUCUUGAUAAGCGAUUUUAAUUUUUUAAA